AUGGCGACCGGUGGUAGAUCUCCGAUCACUCGUUCCACCACAGCUGCUUCGCCUACAACAACAACCACUGCUACAGGUUGCAACUCGUGUACAGAAGGCCAAAUCAUAUUUACGCAAGGCGAUGGCGAUAUUCUGAUUGACUCCAGUGGAAUUUUUUCAACCGAUCCUGAUUCUGGAUGUCUCAGUUUGAUAGCAACAUGCACUGCCCAAGAAAAUUACUACGCAUUCAUGCAAUUCAACUACAGCCAAGGUGGACCUGUGGAGAAUCAAAAUUCUGGAAGGACAAUCAACGCUCCAUUAGCAUGUGUCGAUGGCCAAUGGGUAUAUACUAGCAUGGGUAUAUCGCGUGUCGUUAAAGAAGUUAGCUGUAACGAAGCUGAAGCUUUAUAA